GAAAAAAUGGCAACUGCAGCAGCUGGUAGAGGAGCACAGUCCAUGAACUUCAUGUAUAUCAAGCCAAUCCUGCGUAAAGGGUAUCACAGAAAAAGCACAUCACCAGAGAUGAUUAAUGAUACAGUUAAAUUGAACGGUGAAGAUCAAGUGAAGAGUGUGAUGAAAAAUAAUCAUGAUGAUAGUUGGUGGGUCCCAGAUGACCGCACUGGAAUAUUUUAUCCAAAGGGUCAACAAAAAGUCAUUGAAGAUGUUCCUUUUGCUGCAGCAAAGGAUUUUGGAGCUGUUAAUUGGUUUUUCUAAUCAUGAAGAUU